CAAUGUCCGCCGUUGGAUCAGAUUCAAAAGAAAAGAAACCUAUAUAUAUGAGGAGAACCAAAGGGUAGGGAAAGGAUAAUAAAUCACAAACAAACGAACUCUUUUGUUUCCUUUUUUUUAAUCUUAUAAAUACGUACAAGCCUGAAUCCUCUUUUCUUCUUGCAUUCUUGUUUCAAUCUUUGGUUUGUUUGGUUGUUUUUAAUGGCGUCUUCAAGAGAAGGGCAUUACAGGGGAAUAAGGAAAAGGCGAUGGAGUAGAUAUUACGCAGCCGAAAUACGUGAUCCAUAUAAAAAAACUAGGGUUUUGUUGGAUACGUUUGACAGGACGGACGAAGCCAAACCUAAAACCAACUUCCCUGCUACAUCUUCCAAAGCUGUUCUCUCGUCCAAGAAAUCAAAGCCAUCUAAGUCUGAGGAUAAGGCUGUGAUUGUGAAGGUGCCUUUGAAUCAGGUUGAGUUUCCAGAACCAACAAAUAACUGUGUAAAGUUGGCAGGAAAAAACUUACAAAAAGGCAUAUCGGUAAUGGUAGAAGUGGGCGUUCUCAUGAGUCUAUCAAUGCCAUGCAAACAUUGAGCCAGGGUGCCAACAAAUGCAACUCAUGUGGCAGCGGCAUUAAGUGUCGGUGUAGCAAAAUUCCAAAUAAGUCACACCAUGCAUCUUCCAAAAGAUCAUUGGCUUCAGAUCUUAGAAUGUGUAGUGCUGCUGAUGCCACUAAAUUGGAUUGCAAGGGAAAAUCCACAUUGACAUCAUCACAAGUGAGCAAGUCUGGUAGUAUUCAACGUUCUGAUGGGGCUGUAAGUGCUUUGGUUCCUGAGAGUGUUCGUCUUAGUUCUCAACUUACAACUCCAACAGAUGCAUUUUUAACUCCUAUUGCUGACCUACAAAUGUCACCGAAGAAAGCUCUCCGCGCUGCAAUGCUGAAAAGUCGUUUCGCUGACACCAUUUUGAAAGCUCAACAGAAUUUAUUACUUGUUCAUGGUGCCAAAGCUGAUCCAGUGAGGAUGCAACAGGAAAAGGAAAAGUUGGAAAGAAGGUUGCUUGAAGAAAGGGCAAAGAUUGAAGCUCAGAUGAGAGCUGCCAAAGCUGCAGCAAAACUGAAGGCGGAGGUUGGGUUGAGAAAACAAAGAGAAAAAGAAAGAAAAGCUGCUAGGGUUGCAUUGCAAAGGAUGGAAAACACAGCUGGGAUUGAAUUGAAUUUGGAGAUUGUAAAGGAACUGGAUAUUCUGAGUGGAUGCUCUCUUUCUCUUGGGAAUCCACUGCAUCAACUCGGUUUGUUCAUCAAAGAGUAUUCGGAAGACGAAGUUAAUGAGGCGGGUCUGAAUGAAGAUCUUGAAGAGGGAGAAAUACAGUUGUAGCUCAUGCUUAUGUAAGUGGUGCCCACUAGAUGAACCAUAUGUUGAGAAAAUAGGUUAGGCAUGCAAUUUGAAGUAGUCUGACCAUGCGAUUUUACUUCUGGAUAAGCAAAGAGUAAUAGCAUCAAAGAAAUUGACACUGUAAUAGUAGUAUCUAUGAUUGUAACAUUUGAAAAACAUUAAUAGUAAUUGCAGUUAAGUUUCAUGGCUUGAUUACAGUCCAAUAAUUACAAAAUGGGGCAAUGGAAAACAGUGAGUAGACUAAUGAUAACAUUGACGUUGGCCAGUUCCAUUAAUUCCCAGGGUCUGCGCUCAAACAUCUCUAUAUCCAUCCAUAAAGAUCAGGACAUAAAAAGCUUUUGAAGAUGAAAUAUG